ACUGUCGCUAUCGAUCACUUGUGCGCUUUUGGUUUUUGGCUAGCAUUUAACAUAUGACUGAAUCUGAAAUUAUUGUUAGUGCUGCUCUCGACGAUGCAGCUUCACCCGGUACAACAAGAGUGAAAAGCGGGGAAAGGGUCCGCUGGCCACUUGCAUAUUGCCUACAGCCUCGCGGGAACAACCAGCAACCAAGGUUCGAGUCACAGCGGCCACCACCAAAACAAUGGUGGAGCCAUACGCUCUACCGUGGGCCUGGUAAUAAAGAGGUCCAGAUUUUGUAUAGCCGGACCAAGGCUCAGUCGGAGAUCAUUGCACGUCAAUUCCUUGAUGAAUCUAUCGUCGGCUUUGAUAUGGAAUGGCCUUGGAAUGAUUAUACCAAGGCCGAUCUUCAGAACAAGAUUGGACUGAUACAAGUCGCUACUGAAGACAAGAUCGCACUGUUCCAUAUCGGCUUGCAUGCUGGAAAGACAACCGACGAAAUCAUUGCACCAUCGCUACGGCAGCUCAUCGAAAGCCCGACUAUCACUAAACUCGGCGUGAGUGUCUUGCACGCAGACUUUAGUCGGCUAUCGAAAUAUUUUCGCCUUAAUCCGAAGGGCGCAUUUGAAUUAAGUCACCUCUAUCGGCUCGUAAAGUUUGGCGCACACAGACCAGACCUCGUGUCGACCAAGUUGGUCAGCCUGGCACAACAAGUCGAAGACCAACUUGGCUACCCUUUAUGGAAAGGCGACGUGCGAACGAGCAACUGGAGCAAGCCAUUGUCCCAAGAACAGAUCAAAUAUGCUGCAGGAGACGCUUACGCUGGCUAUAUGCUGUAUCAUUGCAUGAAUUUCAAGCGGCUUCGAAUGCACCCCACUCCGCCACUCCCAAUACACGCAGAGAAAUACCUGUCUUAUAAACUUUCCGGGAUCGUUCCCAUUCAGUUAGCGUUGUCCCCAGUUGAUGCUCCAAUGACCACAUCAGCCAUGUUCUUUAAGGUUGGAAUGACUGACAGCAUAUCAGCUGGAAGCAAACCCAAGCCUCAGCAAACACAAGAAGUGGAGCCUAAAGUGCCCGAGGGAGACCUUUGUAGCACAUCGCAAACAUUAUACGAUGCAUUGGUUCUACGUCGAGCGACCUUGGCCGAGAAGAUCUCAAAGCCGGCGUACCAGAUCGCAUCAAACUCUAUACUAAAGGCGCUCGCGCGCAAGCGUCCACUCGACACCAAUAGCCUGCUUCUAAUCAAGGGGAUUGGAAAGAUUCAGCAAGAGAAGUACGGCGAUUCCUGGCUUGAGGUUAUAUCGCUCUUUGUGGCAGUGCACAACCCCAAUCUGCAAGCAAAAGCUCCUGAUAAUCCGUCAUCUAACGCCUGUAACGAGUCACCAAUACAACCUGCGGUACAAACGCCAUCCAUACCUCGACGCGCCCAGGCGCGCGGACAACCCUCUCAGCAACUGCACACAGGCUUAUCCUUCACAAUGGCCGAGACAAAACUCGAUACGGAGAGUAACAACUCGAACCACAGCGCAACUCCCUAUGGCUCUCAAGAUUCAUUACCGUCGUUGAACUUUGGCAGCCAAUCUCAACAGACAAGCUUCCAGCGGAAGCGCAAGCGUGCCGAAAGCCCAGCACCCGAAUUACAACAGUUUGAUCCUCGCGGCCCAUCCACUGCAACGGUAGGCAGAGUAGGCAGCGCUCCAACGCACGGAACCUCACCCAUACAACCCACUACAGAGCCUCUUCCCCUGGAAUUAAGAAUCUUCCGAAAUAAGCUCGUGGCCUUGAGCAAGCGCGUUGCACGGAAGCUGGUAGCAAGACCAGUCAAUGCACCGCCCAUUGUGACAGACCACACUCUCGACCUGAUCAUCAAGAACCCACCACGCACACAAGAUGAUCUCGAGAGGAUCCCGGGUAUCGAUAGUUUUCUCCUUGCGUGUGAGAAGAGUGACAUGAAUCUACUAAGGAAUAUAUUGAGUUUUGCACCUGCACGGUCUUGACUAUGCAUGGAUGGAAAUGUUUACUGUCUAGCCACCCUGGACUUUUCUUUAUUUUUAUUUGCUGUUAUUGUUUAUUUCCUGUUGGUUAGCCAUUUUUUUUUAUUAUACCAUGAGAAUUGUUUGUAGGAAGGCUUGGGGGAGUCGGCGAAUCUGUUGCCGCCUUGACCUAGUGCUGUAAACACUGUGAUGAAGCAAGGCAUAUCGGGAUCGGGACAAGGGAAUGGGAAAUGGGAUAUAUAUGGGCGGUGAU